AUGAACGUCGCUUUUUUCGUCAUCGUUCUCUUGCUGGUGCAGUCGAAGCCUAAUCUUGCCGAUGAAGGAACAGACCUCACACUAGAACCAGGGGCAGGAGGCUCAUAUGUGGUGGACGCGGUCAUUGGUAAGAUCCACGAACACUGCCUAGUUGAUUUCGACAAUGGACUUCUCCAAAAACUGGCCCAUUUGAGAAGCGAUGAUGGAAGGAACUACACAUCAGGAACUGGGGGCAUAUGGCAGUUCCCUUUAAUUCUCUUUCUUCCUUCUUUUCUUCCCUUUUUGUUUCAUUCUUUCUCGGCUUAUCGUCGAACAAAAUUUGGUAUGAACUACGCCCCUGGUAGUGGCGGUAUUUGGCAGGUCUCCCAAGAUCAACUAUCCACAGUCAACAUGGAAUGUAGUACAACACUUCGAUAUGGAUGCCUGGAAGCAAGGAGCCAGUUUGGCGUUGAUUUGGGCAUUACUAAAAUGGAAGACCUUGACAAACCCCUUAUCUCAGGCAUGGUUAUGGCAUUCUUUGUGACUUCUCAAAACCGAAUUAAUGAAGCAGGAAUUGGUAAACAACUAGAAUUUUCUUUACAAUCCUUGAACCUGGAGGGAAAAGACUUCUUCCAGUUAUCCGCAGAAAUAAGUUUCUGUCCAGCUGCUCAAUUAGAUGUGACUUUUAUAAUUGAUGGCUCCGGUAGCGUUGGAGAAGACAACUUUAAUUUGAUUGUGAACUUCUUACGAGAGAUGAUCAGCGACAUGGACAUCCAGCCUGACAACGUACACGUCUCUGUGAUCCUGCUAUCCACCAACGCCACUCUGGUAAUGAGCAUGGAAGAUUUCCGAGACGACACCAAUCUGGAAGCGGCAUUCCAACGAAUCAGCUACCCAGGCGGUUUGACCAAAACAGCUGAAGCUAUCGAUUUGGCUGUCAGUGCAUCCCUUAACAUGUCCUCAAAAGGGAGAAUAAACAAAGCGGCUAAAGCGUUUGUUUUGGUCGGUGAUCUCCGAUCGGAAAAUAUCACUGACGCCAUUUCGGCUGCGAUGAGAGCCAAAGACAUGGAUUUCAAAAUAUUUGUCCUCGGAGUUGGAAACCUUGUUGUCGGCCAGCUGAAGGCAUUCGCAUCUACUCCAACCUGUAAACAUCUGAGCCUUUUGGAUUCUUAUUAUGAGCUUUAUUUAUCUGUGAACCAACUUCAGAAAGGAUUAUGUGAAGCUCCCGCGGUUGUAGAUCUAAUCAGCAAAGACACUGCUAAACUUGACUUCAAUACUCUGCCGGCAGACGGAAACAGCAGCAAAUUACAAAUCAUCAAACUGAAUGUACCCAAAACAGAACCAUCAAAAAGAUACAUUGGCAGCAAGCACAUCGCCGUCAAGGUCACAACUAUGUGUGGCUACGUCAACAUGUAUGCAUCUUACGAUAUAGCCAAACCAGGCAAAGGUUACCAUACUUAUAGUGCAGAAGCUACUGAUCUCAUGCCUGGAGAGCUCUUUGCCAACAGUUCCUUUGACGGGCGGCCAUUGUACGUCAGCAUAGAAGCUGUAAAUGUCAAUGAAUCGUGUGCCUAUUCUCACUAUAAUGUUUCAAUUGUGAAUGAAAUUGCAGUGCCUAACCCAUGCAAAGAUCAAAUCCAUCUAUACUAUCCCCACCCACGUAAAGACAUGUUCAUCCAGUGUGACCUGUGGGGUGAAGCAUUUGAAAUGACGUGUCCUUCAAAUACCGUUUGGGACCAAAUUGUUCUCACCUGUGUAUCAUCUUAUAGCCUGGGUCCUAUGCCGAAGUCCAAACCGAGCAGUAUAAUUCAAAAGUCGUCAGCGCCUGCUACACUCAAGUUAACUUCUGCUAAGCACGAUUCUGUUACCAGUAACGGUAUCGAGUCAACAAAGUUGCAAACGUCUACGGCUACGACGAGUGCCAGUACAACCACCACUGAAAGUAAAGCCCUGGAAAAUCCGUGCACCGCAGAGGCCAUAGCAGCUAAUAAAAUGUUCCAACCUCACCCUGACCCUAAGAAAUUUAUUCAGUGCGACCAAUCAGGUAAUUUCUUCGUGAAAAAUUGUCCCCCAGGGACAGUUUGGAUUCCGUCGCAGAACACGUGCAACUUAUCGAUUUUCAAAAAGAGCAGAUAA